AUGGGCUCGUGGGCCUUCCCUGCAGCCCUCUUCCUUCUCUGCCUGGCCCCAGAGAGCAGCCUGCAAGGAGGCUUUGGGAACCCCAAUGGCUACAGAUCAGGCUUUGGGAGCCCCAGUGGCCUGGGAGCAGUUCUUGUCAAUGAAAAUGGGCUGGGCACCCAGUCAGGCCCUCCGGCUUCCAAUGGCUAUACUGCAGGAUAUGGAAACAGGCUUGCAGCUGGAGCCUUCCCAGGAGUGGGGGCCCAGCCAGGCCUGGAAGAGAGUGCAAAGCCUCAGAAGCCAGGAUACGGCCAUGGGUAUGGUCUGGGGGCCCAAGCAGCGGAAGCUGGCCAAGCGAGAGAAUUUGGCAAUGGGAAUGGGCUGGGAACUGGGGCCUUCCCGAGAGCUGGAGUCCAGCCAGGCUACGGAGGGGUGCUGAAGCCUCAGAAGCCAGGCAUGGCCCAGAAUGGAUUUGGAGCAGGUUUUGGAGGGGGCAGAAAAGCCCAGAAGCCAGGAUACGGGACUGGCCUACCAGCUGGGGCUUUCCCAGGGCCAGGAGCCCAGCCAGGCUAUGGUUAUGGAUGGGCAGUCCAGCCGGGUGGGAAACCUCCCAAGCCAGGGUACAGGAAUGGCAUGGGAGUUGGAGCCUUUCCAGGCGCUGGAGCCCAGCCAGGUGAGAGGGACAGGCUGCGAAGCAGGGGAGGGCCAAGGAGAGGCCUGUCCCUCAGGCCCUCACAUUUACCUGUCUCCCCAGGCCUGGGAGGGGUGGGGAAAUCCCAGAAGCAUCCAGGAUACAGUACUGGCAACGGGCUGGUGGCCCAGCCAGGUUACCAGCCUAUGCAUGGUUAUGGACCCCCAGGACCAGGCACAGACCUGGGCUUUGGUGGUGACCUCAAGCUGCAGCAAGUUGGUUUUGCUUAUAGAAGAGGAAUUCUGGGACUCUUCCCUGAUGCCCGCCUGCAGCCAGGUGCCUAG